AUGAAACCGUUUAUAACCGGCCACGAGGAACUCAUCCACGAUAUAAGGUACGACUUCUAUGGCAAGCACAUCGCCACGGCCUCCUCGGACCAGCACAUCAAGGUGUUCGACCUCGACACCUCCACAUCCACCUGGGUCCUCAACGACCUGUGGAAAGCCCAUGAUUCGUCGAUAACAAAGGUCCUGUGGGCCCACCCAGAGUUUUCCAGCUCCAAGAUCCUAGCCUCGUGCUCAUUUGACCGCACAGUCAAGAUAUGGCAAGAGCAGCCCGAUGAGCUUCAUGGUUCAGGUAGAAGGUGGAUAAAAUUGGCCACAUUGGCCAUCGAAUCUUUUGGGCCCAUCUACGACGUUGUAUUUGCUCCUAAUCACUUAGGUCUCAAGUUGGGAUGCGUAGGAUCUGAUGGGAUCUUCAGAAUCUAUGAAUCUUUGGAGCCAGGUGAUCUUACCAAUUGGGCAUUGACCACAGAGUUGCCAAUAUUGUACCUGCAAUUGCCUGCAAAGAGCUUACAGAGUAGCUUUGCUAUUGAAUGGUGUCCGGCAAAGUUCAGUCAAACUGAAAAGUUUAUCGUCAUCGCUUUGGAUCAAGGCUUCAUCUAUGGCACAGUCCCAAACAAUCAAAAUUCUAUAGAGGAGGCUGGCGAUGCAGAAGAGGUAGGAAAUAAGGGUGACAACAAGUACUCAAAGUUGGGAAACUUGCCUGAACAUAAUGGUUUGAUUAGAUCGGUCAGUUGGGCACCCUCGAUGGGAAGAAACUAUCAUUUGAUUGCAACAGGUUGUAAAGAUGGAUAUGUGAGAAUUUUCAAGGGAAUUGAGCUUCCAGGAGGAGAAUUGAAGGUGGAGACUUUGGCCAAAUUAAACGAUCACAAGCUGGAGGUUUGGAGAGUCUCGUGGAACUUGACCGGAACGAUUCUCUCAUCUGCUGGCGAUGACGGAAAAAUCAGGUUAUGGAAGUGUAAUUAUUUGAACGAGUGGAAAUGUAUGAGCGUGAUCAACACUGACAAUAGAUCAGUGAAUAGGGUAGAGGAACCCAAGCCAUGA